AUGAGUGAUUCUUUAACUAAAUUAGCAACUGAAUUAGAAUAUUUAAUUGAUAAAACAUGGAAUUUAUAUGUAACUGUAACUGAUUUUCAACCACAAUCUCAAUCUCGUAUUGAUCAAAUUCUUAAUGAAAUUAUUGGUUUAUUAAAAGAUAUUGAUCAAACAAAAGGACAAUGUCAAGAUAUACACAUUCCUGGACAAUUAUUGAAUUAUAUUGAUGAUCUUAAAAAUCCUCAAAUAUUUACACGUGAUUGUUUACAACGUACACUUGAACGUAAUGAAGAAAUAAAUGGAAAAAAUGAAACACUUGGAAAAUUUGCUGAUAUAUUAGCUGUUGAAUUAAGUUCACAAUUUCCUACACAAAUGGCUCAAUAUCGUUUAUGGAAAUCAAAAUCAUCAUUUAUUGAUCAAUGA